AUGGAUCAAGCGAAGAUCAGACAUCCAGACGAUGAAAGCAAGCAGGAAAAAAGUAAAGAAGCUACCACACAUUAUGAGGAGCAGUUGAAGAAAGUAAAAGAUGAUGCUCAAGAAUUUCCUCUACAUUACAAGAAAACAGCUAAAGAAACUAAUAAUUUGCUUAAAUACAUGGCUGAUCACUUUGAUUCAUGUGCUGAAAGAACCAAAAAACAUCUUCAAAAAGCAAAAAAUGGCUCAAAUUGA